UUCUCUUUUUCUUUCUGUGUCAGGAGGUUCCGCUGUGUCGAAACUUUUCUGCGAAGGUUUGAAGACUUUUUACUGCGGUAACCGGAGACUAUUAAACCAAUGCAGCGGAGUUAAGCACAACUCAAACUGAUAUGGAGAGUUUAUCCAGGAUUUAGUCUCCGCUGUUUAAUCAUUUAUAUGUCAUGUAAACGUUACACUGUAAAGUAUUUCAGAAGCGAGUUUGUCAUGUUAAAAAGUAAUGGGCACCGCGUCUUUUCAGCAUAAUCUUGAAUGAAUGACUGACUGAAUUUAAAGCGUCUUAAGGAUUCAGGAAAGUAAAUGAACUCGUUUGCUGCUUUCACGGAGAUAAGACAGUUACUAAACAAGUCAAAAUGGGCGAUGAAUUCAAGUCAGCGGACCGGGAGGUAAAUGAUAACGAUUAUUUCACAAAACCAUCCGAUACCGACGCAGACGCGUGUCCUGAGCCGCCGGUAACGCGUUUAUAUAAGAAAAGAUGGAUUAUAGUGUGUCUAUUCAGCUCAUAUUCCCUUUGUAAUUCAUAUCAAUGGAUCCAAUACGGCAUCAUCAACAACAUUUUCAUGCGCUUUUACGGCGUGGACUCGUUUACCAUCGACUGGAUGUCCAUGAUUUACAUGCUGACGUACAUACCACUCAUUUUCCCCGUCUCGUGGCUUCUGGACAAGAAAGGACUGCGGGUCAUCGCUGUCGUGGCCGCGGCUCUGAACUGUGCGGGCACGUGGAUCAAAGUGGCCAGCGUCAGACCAGACCUUUUUCCUGUGACCUUUCUGGGUCAGUUCACGUGCUCGGUGGCCCAGGUAUUCAUCCUCGGGAUGCCCUCGCGCAUCGCGUCCGUGUGGUUCGGUUCAGAUGAGGUGUCCACUGCCUGCUCCAUCGGGGUCUUCGGAAACCAGUUAGGAAUCGCCAUCGGGUUCCUCGUCCCACCAAUCCUGGUCCCAAAUGUGGAUGAUAUGGAUGAGCUGGCGGGUCACAUCAGAGUUAUGUUCUACAUCACGGCGGGUGUGGCCACCUUCCUGUUCAUCUUGGUUAUAAUUGUGUUUCAGGACCAUCCUGAGAUCCCUCCCACUCACGCCCAGGUCGUGGCCCGUCAGAUUUCUCCAGAAAGUUACUCGUACACCGACUCCAUCCUCAGACUCCUCCGCAAUAAAGCCUUCAUCCUCCUCGUCAUCACUUAUGGUUUGAACGUUGGCUGUUUUUAUGCAGUGGGUACACUUCUCAACCGAAUGAUCAUUUAUCACUAUCCUGGAGAAGAGGUGAACGCGGGCCGGAUCGGGCUCACCAUCGUAAUCGCGGGCAUGGUGGGUUCCCUCAUCUGCGGUAUCUGGUUAGACCGAUCCAAAACAUACAAACAGACCACUCUAGCUGUCUAUCUGAUGUCUCUUCUGGGUUUGGUGCUUUAUGCUUCCACCCUUAAUCUGGGUCACUUGUGGGUGGUGUUCAUCACGGCAGGAACCCUCGGGUUUUUUAUGACGGGAUAUCUGCCUCUCGGCUUUGAGUUUGCCGUUGAACUCACUUACCCAGAAUCUGAGGGAACAUCUUCAGGACUUCUGAACUGCUCUGCGCAGGUGUUUGGGAUCAUAUUCACAAUCUCUCAGGGGAAAAUUAUGGAUUCGUUUGAUACUUUAGCGGGAAAUCUUUUCCUUUGUGUCUUCCUGCUUAUAGGAACCAUCUUGACAGGUUGUAUUAAGGCAGAUCUGCGCAGGCAGAUGGCAAACCAGCAGGCACUCACUGUAACAGCGAGCAGCUCAGAUGUUAAGGAUCAGAGUGGCUCAUCUCUCCUCCCGUCCACACACAUCUGAUCAAUUAAUCACUCUCUGAUUAUAUCAUUCACUUGGGCUCAGGAUCUUUUGAACAGAUCGGCUGCACAAGCUUGUGUUAUAAAUGAAGCCAAACUUUAAAAAUGUGCACAUCUUUGUCCCUUAUAAUGUGAUCACAGAAUGAUUUUUGAUUUGAGAUUAUUUAUCUUUAUCAUUUGUGACUGACCUUUCAUCUCAGCCAAGGCUGAAACUAACUUUUUUCUAUGUUGUGCAUUAGUCUAAAGUAUUAUUUUUGAUUGUAUUUGUGUGUAAAUUUUUACUGUGUGUUUUGUUUAACACAAACAUGUUGUUUUGCAAUUGAAGUGUGUUUGUACACUGAUCAUUUUUAUACAUUUGUUUAAUCAUUACUAAUCUUCUCAGGAAUUCUUUGCAUUAUUUACUUCAUAAUACUUGAUUUUAAAGUAAUCAUGUUAACAUCUCGAUCAAAUUUUUAUAUGAAAUCCACAUGAAUGCACAAAGUUUAUCAGUGUUAUAGAGAUUGAAGACAUUGUCAGAGUAGAAAUAAGCUCUGUCUACACAGAUGAAUGCUGUGUUGGUUUCGAUCUAUGCAGUAAUAUAAAUUAUGAAUAACUGUUUCAUAAAGAUGCAACUAUUUUGUAGUUUGUUUGUUCGCUUUUUGUAUAUUUGAUGUGAAGUUUUAAAAACUGGAGAACUUUUAAUGAAUAAAACAUCUAAAUACUAUA